GGGGCGGCGGCCAGCAUGCGGCUCCGCAGUGCCCUGCCCCGCCUGCUGCUGCCGCUGUUGCUGCUGUUGCCUGCCGCCGGGCCGGCCCAGUUCCACGGGGAGAAGGGCAUCUCCAUCCCGGACCACGGCUUCUGCCAGCCCAUCUCCAUUCCGCUGUGCACGGACAUCGCUUACAACCAGACCAUCAUGCCCAACCUUCUGGGCCACACGAACCAGGAGGACGCGGGCCUGGAGGUGCACCAGUUCUACCCGCUGGUGAAAGUGCAGUGCUCGCCCGAACUGCGCUUCUUCCUGUGCUCUAUGUACGCGCCGGUGUGCACCGUGCUGGAGCAGGCCAUCCCGCCGUGCCGCUCCAUUUGCGAGCGCGCGCGCCAGGGCUGCGAGGCGCUCAUGAACAAGUUCGGUUUUCAGUGGCCCGAGCGCCUGCGCUGCGAGCACUUCCCGCGCCACGGCGCGGAGCAGAUCUGCGUGGGCCAAAACCACUCAGAGGACGGCGCCCCCGCGUUGCUCACUACUGCGCCGCCGCCAGGCCUGCAGCCGGGUGCUGGGGGCACACCAGGCGGCCCGGGCGGCGGCGGUGCGCCCCCUCGUUACGCCACGCUGGAGCACCCGUUCCACUGCCCCCGUGUCCUCAAAGUGCCGUCCUAUCUCAGUUAUAAAUUCCUAGGCGAACGCGACUGCGCGGCGCCCUGCGAGCCGGCGCGGCCGGACGGCUCCAUGUUCUUCUCGCAGGAGGAGACCCGCUUUGCCCGCCUCUGGAUUCUCACCUGGUCUGUGCUUUGCUGCGCCUCCACUUUCUUCACUGUCACCACGUACCUGGUGGACAUGCAGCGCUUCCGCUACCCCGAGCGGCCAAUCAUCUUCCUGUCGGGCUGCUACACAAUGGUGUCCGUGGCCUACAUCGCGGGCUUCGUGCUGCAGGAGCGCGUGGUGUGCAACGAGCGCUUCUCUGAGGACGGUUACCGCACGGUGGUGCAGGGCACCAAAAAGGAGGGCUGCACCAUUCUCUUCAUGAUGCUCUACUUCUUUAGCAUGGCCAGCUCUAUCUGGUGGGUUAUCCUGUCACUCACCUGGUUCCUGGCGGCCGGCAUGAAGUGGGGCCACGAAGCCAUUGAGGCCAAUUCGCAGUACUUCCACUUGGCCGCGUGGGCCGUGCCGGCUGUCAAGACCAUCACCAUCCUGGCCAUGGGCCAGAUUGACGGAGACCUGCUGAGCGGCGUGUGCUUCGUGGGCCUAAACAGCCUGGAUCCGCUGCGAGGCUUCGUGCUGGCGCCGCUUUUCGUGUACUUGUUCAUUGGCACGUCCUUCCUCCUGGCCGGCUUCGUGUCGCUCUUCCGCAUCCGAACCAUCAUGAAGCACGACGGCACCAAGACGGAGAAGCUAGAGCGGCUCAUGGUGCGCAUCGGCGUUUUCUCGGUGCUCUACACGGUGCCUGCCACCAUCGUGAUCGCCUGCUAUUUCUACGAGCAGGCCUUCCGCGAGCACUGGGAGCGCUCGUGGGUAAGCCAGCACUGCAAGAGCCUGGCCAUCCCUUGCCCGGCGCACUACACGCCGCGCAUGUCGCCCGACUUCACCGUCUACAUGAUCAAAUACCUCAUGACGCUCAUCGUGGGCAUCACGUCGGGCUUCUGGAUCUGGUCUGGCAAGACGCUGCACUCGUGGAGGAAGUUCUACACCCGCCUCACCAACAGCCGGCACGGCGAGACCACGGUGUAAGGGAACGCCUCCGGCCCAGGUGGGCACCGCGCCUUCCUCCGCGGGCUCUUACAGACUCCUUAUUUUAUUUUUUUAAAUAAAGAACAAUCGAAACCA